AGCGCUUAUGGCAGCGGGUCGGGAUUCGGGAGCCCAUCAUGGUCUUCCUUACGACACGGCUCUGGCUGCGGAACCGGCUCACUGAUCGCUUUUGGCGGGUUCAGGAGGUGCUGAAACACGCUCGGCAUUUUCGGGGAAGGAAGAAUCGCUGCUACCGGCUGGCCGUCAAGGCGGUGACCAGAGCCUUCGUUAAGUGUACGAAGUCCCGCAGACUUAAGAAGCGGAACCUGAGGACCCUCUGGAUUAAUCGAAUUACAGCUGCCUCCCAGGAACAUGGCUUACAGUACCCAGCAUUCAUUUGCCAAGUGGAGCUCAACAGGAAAGUACUUGUGGACCUGGCCAUCUAUGAACCAAAGACGUUUAAAUCUUUGGCUGCUUUGGCUAAGAGGAGGCAGCAGGAAGGAUUUGCUGCAGCUUUGGGGGAUGGAAAGGAGCCUGAAGGUAUCUUUUCCAGAGUGGUACAGUACCACUGAAGACUGCAGUGCUAUAGAAACUGUUAUAAACAAGAUAGGACCAAAAGGAUUGUCACCAGUAAGUUUGAUUUGUAUUUAUUUACAUUUUAGUAACAGGCCUGAGAUGACAGGUUUUUUACUCAGUGACACAGCCCCAAACUGUCCUGUAAAGAUUGUACAAAUAAAGCUUUUGCAGUGUUGAA